CUUCUCUUUCGGUUGACGGGGAUGACGCGAGGAUGCGCGCCGCAUCCUUUCACCGUCCGCCGGGGGUAUCCUUAUAAAUACAACUAUUCAUCCGGGACUCGCCUCGUAAGUGGUCACAGGCUCGCGGACCGCGAGCGAAUCGUCUCGAGAUGAUCCAGCCCCAGACGAUCGUCCUGCUUCUGAUCGGCGUGCUCGGCGCUGCGUCGGGAGCUCGCGCCACUGGCAGCGGCAGCCUCGCGUUCGGCGGCGCUUCCGCAUCCUCGAACGCGGCUGCUUUCGCCUCGAGCAGCGCGAACGCGUUCGCCGGCGGCCUGGGCGUCCCUGGGACGGGCCACGAAGGGCACAAAGGAAUCCGGAGCUACGACGACAGCGGAUACGCGAACGACAAUGAAGGGUACCAGGGUCAGCCUGGGUCAGGCAAGAAGAACCGCGGCAGCGACUGCUCCAAGUGUAAGUGGGAGAGUGACGACUACUGGGAGAAGGAGGAGGACGAACAGGAACCGGAAGAGGAGCCUGACGAUGAGUGCGACGAUGGGGAUGAUGGACAGUAUAGGCCGCAUGGGCAUGAUCAUGGGCACGGAAAGACACCAGGUCAGGGUAUACAGAAAUUCGGUGCGCCGGGCGCGGGCCAAGCGCCGUGGACCGGAAGUUCGGCUGGUCCCGUCAAAGGAGGACCUCCUGGGGGUUUGAGUCCGACGUCUGGUUCGCCUUGGAGCGGAUCACCGGCGAAAGGUGGUCAUGGGGUUGGACCAUAUCCUGGGCAACCGAAUUACCAGAAUAAUCAACAGCCGAAUAAACAACCGAAUUACCAGAAUAAUCAGCAGCCGAAUAAACAACCGAAUUACCAGCCUAAUCAACAACCGAAUAAUCAACAGCCGAGUAAUCAGCCAGGCGGAGGCUGGAACAGUAAGCCAGAAACUGGUUCUCCGUGUUCCGGUCAGCCCGGGUCAAGCUGCGGGAGUCAAGGUCCCGCCGGUGUUGGACCCGUGAAGCAGGCGCCGGUGCCGUUUGGUACACCGGUGUAUUCGUCAGGUCCCGUAGGAGGGUAUAAUCAACAGGGACCGUUGCCUGGAUGCGCUGGUGGUUCUGGUGCUUGUGGAGGCAAACCUGGCGACCAGUCUAGACCAGGGUCGCCCGUUGGUUCACCGUACGGUGGACAACCGGGGAGUGGUUUUCCUCAAGGUAACACCGGUUAUCAGCCUCAUGGUGCUGCCCCGGGAGGUCCAGGGGGUUCUGGAGGUUGUGGAGGUCCAGGGAGUGCAGGAAGUCCUGGGUGUUAUGGAGGUUCGGGUGGACCAGGAAGUCCAGGAAGUCCAGGAAGAACCUCAGGACCCACGAAACCAGGUUAUCAACCUGGUGCUCCUGAUGGAUCUGGUAUCACGAAAGUUCCUUACCAACCUGGACCAUUUGGAACCUCAGGACCCACGAAACCAGGUUAUCAACCUGGUGCUCCUGAUGGAUCUGGUCCCACGAAAGUUCCUUACCAACCUGGACCAUUUGGAGCAGGUACCACGAAAGCUCCUUACCAACCUGGACCAUUUGGAGCAGGGACCACGAAACCAAGUUAUCAACCUGGUCCUCAUGAUGGACCAGGCGCAGCAACGCCGAGCUACCAACCUGGACCUUACGGAAGUGCUCCGACCGACAAGCCAUCGUACCAAAACCCAUUCCUUAGGCCAGGCGCAACACCGAAUGGACCGCAGCCUGGAGCUGCAGGAAACACCGGUCCCGCAGGAACGUCGAGUCCCGCAAACCAGGGUCCUACCAGUGGAUCAGGCGGCUGUUCCAGUCAAAGUUGCGGAGGCGGAAGCGGCUGUUCCAGUCAAAGUUGCGGAGGCGGAAGCGGAAGCGGCUGCGGUCGAUCCCCGGAUCACAAACCUUGCGAUGGCGACAACGGAUGCGGUGGAUCCUCCGGCCACUCGCCUUGCAGCGGAGGAAGCCCUCCACCCGGAAUUCAGAAGGUUCUUCCUGUCGACCUCUCUCAGAUUCCCCAGUCUCCCCAGGGUAGCUUCCCCACGGGAAGCGGCGCUGCUCCUGGAAGUGGAAACAAUGGUCCUGGAUGCGCGUACGGCCAACCUGGCUGCCAACCUGGAUCCCCAGGGACCGCGGGACACGCUGCGCCUGGAUCUUACCCGAGCAAUCCUUUCUUGAACGGAAUGGUGCCAAUUCCUGUCUCUUCAGCAGGUUCACCGCAGCCAGCCCCGAGCAAGCCAAUAGGCCUUGGCAACCCCUUCCUCAGCGGCUCGUCAGCGCCCGUCCCAGCCGGCGGCGCGAAUUCGUUCGCAGGAGCAGGAACAUGGCCGUCCGGAGGUUCCGGAAGUCCCUUCCCAGGCAGCGGAGGAAUCAACAAGAAUAACCCGUUCCUUGGAUCAGGAGCAGGAGCUCCAGGCGGAGUAGCACACGUUCCCACUGGAUCCUCACCUGACAGCGACAGCCAGAUCCCACUGUCACCAGACGCAAGUCAGUCACACAUCUCACCAGGAUUCGGCGCAGGAUCCUUAGGCUCGAGUCCUUUCGGCGCUUACCCGAACUCGCUUGCGAGCGGGCCAGACGACAGCCAGAAGCAUCUUCCAAGUAAUCACGGCUCCGGAAGCGGAGGAGGCGUCGGCCUCGGUGCGGACGGAAAUUCUGGACACGCGGCAGGAUUCUCCGGCGCGUUCUCCGGCGCGUUCGGCGGAGCGCAAGCCGGCAGCUUCGCGAGCUCCAGCGCUGGUUCCUUCGCCGGAGCAGGUCCACAAGCUGAUUUCGGCCAUGCGAACGGCGCAGGUUGGGGCGGCGCCGGAAGCCUCGCCGGAGGCGGUCCCUGGGCCUCGAGCGGUGCGUCCGCUUUCGCGAGCAGCAGCGCUACCAGUUGGUCUGGCGCCGCGCCCCAUCACGUGAAAGGAUAAUGGACGCCGCGGAUGGCAACGAGGAGGAGCCAACGUCGGGGCGGACCAAUGGCGAAAAAGGACAAAAGCGAACCGUGUCGUUUCACCCGUAAUUUAUUCGAUAUUCCCCUUACUCGCGAUACGAUCUCCAAUUAAAGACAAAAGGAAAAUAUGCAACGUUAUUUUAUUUCAUCCAGGUGACCCGUCGACGAUUAGCAAUUGAAUUAAUGCCGAUUCGCGGAAGAGAUUGUGCUAUUAUUACGCCGCGGAGAUUACGAUCACCGCCGGCCGAUCCUCGACGGAUAAUGAACAAUGACAUAAGCGAUGAAUCCGCCUCGUGCCAGACCCAUCCGAUGAUCCCUCCGGCUUUUUGUAAUCGAAGAAACGGAACGGGUUAUGUGCGCAAGCUUAAUCGUUUCUCGUUACCUAUCGUUCGAGGAACCGGUACCGGAUCUCCGACGAUCCGUUCUUGAGACUCGGUCGGGAUCUUCGGGAAGAGGAUCAUCGUCACGAGAACAAUCGGCGUUAACCCUUUGUCCUACAAUCUGUCAGCCUCGUAGUGACGAUUCCAAAUAGAAUUUAAUAGACAUAAAUAUUAUUCAAUUUGUUCGAAUGCAAACUAUAUAUUGUUCCUCUGUUAUCAGUGAUUGUAUCUUAGAGCACACGUCGCCAUGGAGUAUGUCCGGAAUUUUCUCUUAUUUUAAAUUAUUAAUGACAAAGUAGUCAGAUCGGUCGCUGUUUGGAAAGGAAUCAUAGGGCAAGGGGUUAACGAUUAAUUCGGUUAUUGAAUACUCUUAAUUCUUAGCAUUCCAGAUGGUUUCGUAACGUGUCAGCAACUACCAAUUUUGGUAAUCAUACUGAAAAUUAACAAUGUUA